CACGGAUGGAUCGUAUACACAUCUAGAAAGAUAAAACGAGUUAUCACAGUGAUAUCAGAAGCAGCUUAUCGCUUUAUUCGUAACUCGUAUAGGCAUAGGGCUCAGUUGUCUCCUGGUUGAGUUUCUGAUUAGUUUAUACUCCCGGAUCGGGAAAAAUUCAGGGGAUGAUCGUUUCCCGGUGUAACGCGGUUGCGCCGCUCCUGCUGGUGCUUCUCCUCGCGGUUUCAGCUACGUGGGCCCAAAGUGAGGAUGAAACGUUCGAACGUGCUUUUAAAAUCGACGAUUCGCUCCCGCCGGAAGACGGAGCGGCCCCUGAACAGGGUCGCUUCCAACCCCCGGAAACGUCGCCGAUAUCCGAGCUGGCCGAUCUGAACGGCGGUGUACUACCGGAAAUCACGGCUCAGCCGAGCCCGGAAGAGGGAAACAGGGAGGUUGUCGAAGAACCGGAAGUGCCGAAGAAGGAUACCGGACUCGACGGAGAAAUUUCGCCUCAGGAUCUUGAGCCGGAGCUCGCCCCGUCAUUCGGGACUUAUUCCGGUAAUGAAGGCUUAAAAAGUGGAAAAUACAUCUCCUACGAUUCCGAUGACCCAGAAGCUUAUAGAUACUCACCUGCCGAAGGUGGAACGACAAAUUAUCUCAUUACGGAAAGCAGGCUGACGACUAUUAGAUCGCAAUUUAUGUAUUGGUACUUUGAUAAGGGUGGAGACAACAACAGGGGCGAUUACCAGAUAGACAUACACGCCUCCACUAGCAGAAUUCAUAAGAAUUUCAAUUUCCAAUUACCUUUCUAUGGAUUCCGAUUCAAUUAUACUCAGCUGUCUAUGAAUGGUUACCUGGAGUUCAGUGAUCCACCGGAACACUUUACUUACCCCUUGGUAUUUCCAGUCAAAGACUGGCCUCAGAAAAAUGACCCAAGUUUCAUCGGUAUUUUCUUCAGCAAGUGCAGAAUAGGCAAACUGAGGCCAACGGAUUUGGAUCAAAGAGAGCCUGGCGUGUACUUCAGACAAGAGAGAGAUCUCCAAAGAAGAACGGAUCAGUUCGGAGUAGAAGUCCGCGAACGAAUCAAGUGGGACAUACGCCAGGGUGUCGUUGGCUCCGACACGUUUGACCCAAAGCAUGUGGUCAUAGUAACUUGGAAGAAUAUGUCCUUUGCCGGAGGCAUUGACAACUCUCUUUACCGCACUAACACCUUCCAAAUGGUUUUGGCCACUGACGAAGUUUACACUUAUGCUAUGUUCAAUUACCUAAACCUCGAAUGGGCCAGUCACACAGAAGCUGGAGGUGAUACCACCAGGGGUGACGGCGGAGUACCUGCAUAUGUUGGUUUUAAUGCUGGAAACGGGACGCAGAGCUACGAGUAUCAGCCAUAUUCUCAAAUGUCGACAAUUCGCGAUCUCACUGGAAGAGGCUGGGCCAAUGGUUUUCCUGGACGUCACAUAUUCAGGAUAGAUGAAAAGAUCAUGCUCGGAAACUGCAAUAAAGACAUUGCCGGGACACAUUUACCACUUGUGUUCGCUCCAGAGAGCGGAAACAUGCUUGGAGGAACCGUGGUAAACAUAACAGGACCUUGUUUUGAUACAAACGAGAAAAUAAGGUGUAUAUUCGACAUGGAGGAAGUAGUCGGCACUGUUAUUGAUACCAACAGAGCCAUUUGCAUUCAACCAUCUAUGCAGGCAGAAGGGUAUGUUCGUUUUGAGGUGGCUAUUGGAAGCGGUAGAUUCAAUUGGAAGGGAAAAUACUUCGUCGAAACACCUGCAACGGCUCAAGAGAAGAUAUUCUUCUCUACCAGAGCCGUGCACGAACGUUCUCCAGCUGAGAUAGAGAUAACUUGGAACCAGUACAAUUUAACUAGCAACCUAAACGCUGUCUUGCAAAUAUCCUUAUGGGGAUAUCGCGAGACCACUAUUCGACCCGAAUUCGAAUACAUUGACGUGUUAGAGGAAAGCACAACCAAUACCGGCACGUAUACUAUUAUUCCUUCGAACUUCCGAGCUAGGGAGAAUCCGUUAUUCCUUGAUAUGCACUUCGGCUUUAUCAAAAUAAACCUUACCAACCCAAGCCAAUAUUCUGGACUAAACAUCUCGCCGGUGCUAUGGAGUAGACCCAUUCCUUUAGGAUGGUACUUUGGACCCCAAUGGGAAAGAAUUCAUGGAACAAACUGGCCAAAAGCACUCUGUAAUAAUUGGAUCAUGAACGAUAGGUACUUAAAAAAUUUCGCAGCUGAAGUAGCGCUCUGUCCUUGCACGUUGGCGCAUGCAUUGAAUGACAAGGGCCGCUUUAUGCCCGAUUUCGAUUGCGACAAGGAUUCGAAUCCUGAUUGUUACUACCACCGAGGUGCGGUUCACUGCGUCAAGACUGGCGCACCAAAUCUAGACGGUUCGGAGCAGCAGUGCUGUUACGACAAAAACGGCUAUGUCAUGUUGACAUACGAUCAACAGUGGGGUUCUCGACCUGGUAGAUCUCACAAUUUGGGCUACCUGCCGUGGAACGAAGCAAACAAGGUACCGACCCUCUCUCACUGGUUCCAUGACAAGGUUCCGUCGUAUCUUUGCUGUUUGUGGCAAGAGGAGCAAGCCGUUGGAUGUGAGACAUUAAGAUUCGAAAGACGGCCAUCUCAAGAUUGCGUCGCUUAUCAAGCUCCAGCUGUUGCUACUGUCUUUGGAGAUCCUCAUUUUGUUACCUUUGACGACUUGGAGUACACCUUCAACGGAAAGGGAGAAUUCGUGUUGACCCGCGUCGAUACAGUCAAAGACAAACUCGAUGUUCAGGCUCGAUUUGAACAGAUGCCGAACAACUUUUACGGCGUAGUUAACGCUACUCAACUCACCUCCAUCGCAGCACGAGGCAAUAAUUCAGCUACUAUAGAAGUUCGACUGCGACCGAUUCAUGCGAGAUGGCGAUACCAUUUGGAUGUGUUUGCCGAUGGAAGGCGAAUAUAUUUUGACAGGACGUCAUUGAAGUUCCAACAUUUUGCUGGCGUCACCGUUUACACGCCGACUUAUAUUCUUAACCAGAGUGAAGUUGUCAUCAUGUUCCAGACAGGCGCUGGAAUUGAAAUUAUUGAGAAUGAAGGGUUCAUGACUGCCAGGGUCUACUUGCCGUGGUCAUACAUGAAUAAAACACGAGGACUGCUGGGCAACUGGAGUUAUGACGUUUCUGAUGACUUCACCAAUCCUGAUGGCACAAUUGCGUCCGUGACCAAUGUGAAUAGCUUUGAGACAGUUCAUAAACAAUUUGGUAUAAAUUGGAUCCUUGCGGAUCGCGAGGAUUCGCAGAAAGGAGCUGCCUUGUUUACGAGGGAAUUUGGUAGAACGGCGAGUUAUUACGCAAAUGCAUCAUUUGUGCCUCAGUAUCUUAGAACUCCGAGCGAAUUUUUAUCAUCUGAUCGAAUAGACGAUGUGAACAGAGCAAGUGAAUUGUGUGGUGAUAAUUAUCAAUGUCAGUACGACUAUGGAAUGACCCUCAAUCGAGAUCUUGCACAUUAUACUAAAAAUUAUUACGACACUGUAACCGAGAUAAAGGCGACGAAUGGCAGGCGAACAAUAACUUGCGGAAUAUUGGAGACACCACGAUUUGGCAGGAAAAGCAACUUCCUUUUCAUACCGGGUACCAAAGUGACCUUCGAGUGCAAUCAGAACUUUGUAUUAAUUGGAGAUCAGCGUCGAACAUGUUUAGAAGCGGGUCAAUGGGACAUUCCAGAGUAUGGUUACACAGAGUGUCUACGUCACAUCGAGUAUACUCAGAGAACAGCAUGGACUAUUAUCGGAAUAAUAAUUGCGGUACUGAUACCAGCGAUUAUCAUUGGGGCUCUGAUAAUAGUUUGCAUAAGGAGAAAUGCAUCGUCAGAUAGUUCAGCUAAAUCAUGGCGGUUUUCCGAUCGCGGAUACGGACUUGAUAACGACUCGCCUCUUUCACGGCUGAGCACCCCUUUGAAGUCGGGCGAGCGAACCAUUUCUCCUGCUAGCGAAACUAGUACCGACGGCAGUAGUACUAGGAAACGAAGAUCAUAUGACAAAUCGUAUCGUACCAACGAACCACUUCCUGACAAACCUUACACAGAAUUUGAGGAGAAGGUCUGGGCCCUAGAGGAUGAUCCUGAAAUUCGGAAUAGCACUGCUAUAUAUGCAGAACCGCUUAGAAAAGCUGGUAGUCCGAGCAAAGAAAGUGAUGUCUGAAGAUAUCUAUUAUUAAGAUUGUUUUUAUACUAAAGAGACUUUUGAUUCAUGUGUCAUUGCAACUCUCUGAUGUCAGCUUCAAUUAUUAACUAAACUGUAGUUAUUUGUGACCAUAGAUUGUGAUGUCAUGAAAUUCCUAACAAUUUUAUUUCAUUAAUCAUCCGCUACAUUAUAUUGUUGCUUAUGUGGAAUAGAAAUCUGGUAUUCACUAAAAAUAAUAUUACCUCUUGUAAGGAAUGAAUUGAGAUUUUCAGAGACGUGACUUAUACAUCAAAUAAAUUAUAAAACAAUAAGCUUUUUUUUUACAAUGAAGUCUGUAGGAGUUUUUCUGUGUACUUAACUAGUAGUUGUAGUAAACAUGAAGUCUUUUCUCGAAUCAAAACUAUAUGUUGCAGUAUUUUAUAUAAUUUGUAGUAAACGAUUUAUGUCGUCGUAUACCAUUGAUGUAUUAUAUUCCACUUAUACUGUAACUUUUAUGCUAUAAUAAAUAAGAACUAUACAUUUUUUAAUACCAGGAAAUUUCUAUUCCACACAA